AUCGACGUCAUUUUUUUACCACCACCGCCUCCAUUACUGCAUAGUAGCCGCAUAAAAUAUUUAUUCCCUUUCGGCAUUAUUGUAAUAGAAUUAAAAUAUAACUUAACUGAGUUUAUUUCCGACUUAAUUCCUACCAUGGAUUGGAAGGCACCGAAGCAAUUCAAACUCGUAGCAACUGCAUUUAUUUUAAUAUGCCAUAGUUUCUAUAACCCUACCGAUAGUGGGGCGGUACAAAUUUCUCAAAGUAAUUUAGAUAUGACAUUAGCAUCAAAUGAAAUUGUAUUCAUAAAUUUUUAUGCUGAAUGGUGUAGAUUUAGUAAUAUGUUGAUGCCAAUUUUUGAUGAUGCGGCUGAUGAAGUAACUAAGGCUGGCUACGACCCCGGCAAGGUAGUGAUGGGCAAAGUAGACUGUGACAAAGAAGCGGCCAUAGCAACUAGGUUCCACAUUACUAAGUAUCCCACUCUUAAACUAUUCCGUAAUGGUUUACCAGCUAAGAAGGAAUAUAGAGGGCAGCGUUCAGUAGAGGCUUUUGCAGAGUUUAUAAAGAAGCAAUUGACUGAUUCAACCUUGACAUUUACAUCUCUCAAAGAGCUUCAGGAGCUAAGUGAAGAUAAAAGGCAUAUUAUUGGAUACUUUGACAGGAGAGAUCAGACGGAGUAUGAAACUUUGAGGAAAGUGGCUGCAAGUCUUAAGGAUGAGUGCUUAUUCCAUGUUGGAUUUGGAGAUGCUUCCCAAGCUAUGCAUCCUCCAGGUCAACCAAUAGUUGUUUUCCGCACGGACAAAAAGAGUUCCACAGACCCUGAUGAGACUUACAAGGGUUCCCUGACAGACUUUGACCAACUAUACAAGUGGGUGCAAGAGAAGUGUAUCCCUCUUGUCCGUGAAAUCACCUUUGAAAAUGCCGAGGAGCUGACUGAAGAAGGACUGCCGUUCCUUAUACUGUUCCACAACCCUAAAGACACGGAAAGUGUUAAAAGAUAUAAGGAAAUUGUCAAGAACGAACUGGAGAGUGAGAAACAGAACGUGAACUUCCUGACAGCGGACGGGGAGCGGUUCGAGCACCCGCUGCACCACCUCGGCAAGUCUCUCUCGGACCUGCCGCUGAUCGCCAUCGACUCCUUCCGGCACAUGUACCUGUUCCCCGACUACAAGGACAUGGAGACUCCGGGCCGCCUGCACCAGUUCCUCCAGGAUCUGUACUCGGGGAAGCUGCAUAGGGAAUUCCACUACGGCCCGGACACGCCUCAGAUAUCGGACACAUCGAACAACAUCAAGGUCACCACCCCGCCGGAGUCCACCUUCAAGAAACUGGCUCCAUCCAAGAACCGGUACACUCUGCUCAAAGAUGAACUAUAAACUGUGCUGGGACUAGAAAAUAGUAAAACUAAAAAGUGUACCUAUGUGGUCUAUAGUGAGCUAAUCACGAAUAUUGUCGACUUAUUCGAUAGGCGGUUCAGUGGAGUUUGUAUGCGUUUUUUUAGUUUCUAACAUUACCGACAGGGGCGCUGAUCAAGAUGUCAAAGAAAUUGCUAUCGAAUUACCCGCAGCCGAUUGGCUACAGUUGACAAUAUACUUGAUUGGCUCACAGUUUGGUGAAACUGCGACAUCGAUUAUAAUUAACAUGAGAACGCUAGUAGGUAGCGCUGAAGCAGUAGUUCUGCUUUUAGCCACAAGUUUUAUAAUCAAUGUCGCAUUAUUUUUCUUUGUGUAAAUUAUCUGAAACGCAGAAUACCAAUCUUUUUACGUUUUUGCAAAAUUUAUUUAAUUUUAUUCGUUUUAGUGCACUCUUUCGUCCAUAAUGUUAAUGAAAAUAUAAGUAUUUAAUUGUGUAUGUGGGUUAAAUCGAUCAUGUUGGAUAUUUCCUUACGGAUGUAAAACGUAUAAAUUAUGAACAUUUAAUCACCCUAUGAGCAUUUUGUUCUGCUUACCAGUAGAUAAAAUUACUAUGUAUUAUACCUGUAUGUUAGCUUGAAAGAUAAGCUUUUCUUAUAAUUAUAUUUGGGCGCCUUCAGUCUUCCUAUGUUUAACUAUUUACAUUUACUUCGGAACAUUAUGAAUUUAUUUUGAAUAGUCUCUUCUCUUAACAAAAAGUACCCUAUAAAGUAUUUAUUUUUACUACAAUAGUAUUUUGCGUUAGUCUUUGAUGAUUGAAUUCGUUUUUGGUGCUUGUUAAUGCAAUAAGUAUCCUGUAUGAAUCAGUCACCCUAUUAUAAUAUUUCGAUAUUAAUUUUAGUGGCCAUAAUGGCGAUUUAGCAUUUUGUGGGUAUAUAUUUCAAUUUCAAGUGCUGUAUAAAUUCUAAAAUAGCUU